AUGUUAGGUCUCCGUUCAAGACAGUUUUCCACCACAAUUCUCAGUAGAGCGGCGGCACCUAGUCGUGGUAAAGCCCAAGGUUUUGCAAAGAAAGCAUCGGGAAAUAAAACUGCGACGAAAAGAAUAAGCGGGGACACCCUUUACAAGAACUGGACUGAUACAGUUGCCUCAUCCAAACUGAGCCAGAAUGCUUCAUUCGUCGAAAUACCAACGCUGAACUCAUCAGACUUGAAUAGCACACUUAACAAAGUUGCCUCAUACACAAACAAACAAUAUCGUUCGCUGUAUCAUUUGGGUUCUUUCAAGAAAAAUCAAUACAACGAGUUAUUCCCCAAGCCAAUAUCGCUAGUCCGUGAGAGUUCAACCAAAAAAUUUUUGGAUCUUUUGCGGACUUCCUCCAAUAAGAAAUUUAUUAUAACAGGCGAAGCGGGUGUGGGGAAAAGCGUUCUGUUAGCACAAACUCAUGCUGUUAUGUGCGAGUCCAAGGGUAUCAUAAUUCAUAUCUCCUAUCCUGAAGCUUUUUUAAAUGGUCGUAAAGAUUUCGUGUAUGAUGAAACGACAAAACAGUAUAUUCAACCAAUGUACUUGAAACAGCUUUUAAGGAAAAUUCUGAAAUCUAAUGACGAAAAAGUAUUGCGUUCUCUCAAGUUGUCCAAGGACUAUACCUUUUCUAAUGCAGAUCCCAAGGAUUCUGCAAUCAAGAAGCAAAUUACACUGAAGGGAAGUCAAAACGAUCUAUUCGAUCUGAUAUCGGUCAAGACGCACAGUAGAAACAGUGGGAAUCUUUUUCAAGCUAUAAUAUCUGAGCUUUUGAUACAAAAGGCGCAUCCUGUAUUUUUCACAAUCGAUAAUUUCUCUCGCAUUCUAACGACACCCUUUUCCAGCUACAAAGAUGUAAAUAACAAAAAUAUUCAUUUGCUUGAGUUUCAAAUUGGAAAAAUCAUAAUGGAUACCAUAAGCGGAGAUUCAAAAUUCUUACAUAGAGAUAGUGCUGUUGUUUUAGCUAUAUCCGGCGUGGAUAGGACUAAUAGAACUUUACCUACAGCCUUGGGUAAGGUGGAGGAAGAUGUAUACAUCAGCAGAGAUCACUACGAUCCAGAAUUUGCUUCAAUUUUGAAAAAGGGCGAAGUGAGGGAAUUCGAAGUUCCAAAACUAACUAAAGAUGAAGUUAAAGAGCUCUUGGAAUUUUAUUUGAAAUCAGAAAUUAUUCUCAACUCUGAAUCACAGCAAAGUUUUGAACGGCUUGCUGACCAGAAAUAUUUUUUGAGUGGGAAUGGUAACCCAAGGGAACUUCUAAAAAGUAUUGUACUAAUGCAUUCAUGA